UCUCUUCGUUGUGUACGCGCCUAAGUCUCUACGUCUUCCUUGUUAUGUUUGUCGCCGUAAACCUCUCGCCCUAAAUCUUUGUCAUCGUUUUUGUGUACGUUUCCGUUGUCGCCUUAAAUCUCUCGCACGAAAACUCAGUCGUCUCCUUCCCAGAUUUCGUGAUCUUCUCCAUUUACGAAAACUCGAUCCAGUGUAGUUGCCAUCGGUUCGCUCCCAAUUGUUUUCGCGGCGAGAGAACAAAGAUGGAGACGGCGUAAACAGCGGCUGCAAAAGGAUUGAGUUGCGAAGCCAUGGAGUUCUUGUCGGAAAGGCUUUCAUUACAGGAAGAUCUUUACUUUCCACAUGGUCUUCAAUCCACUGCCUCGAAUCCGUCUCAGCGCAAGGCCAUUAUGCUCGACCAUUUUUCUUGCAAUGUUGCCGUAUUUCUUCGUUUUUCUCUCUCUCGCUAUAACUCGGGAUAAUUUUUUGCAAUUUUUGGAAUAGACUUCUGUUGUAUGUUGAUUAUUUCAUCUGCUUGUCGUAAUAAUCUUUAAUAGUUUAUACAGCCGCACCUCUUCGUUUUAGACUGUUUGGGGGGGGGGGGGGGGGGGGAAUUCUUUUUACCAUUUCUCUAACACAUUAUGGACUGCAUUUUCCUCUGUUCCUAUAUGUUUCAAGGUUGCCUCCCUUUCUUUCAUCUUCUCCUUUUCUUUUCUUAUUUCUGUAUUAACUGAUUGUUCCAGCGAUCAUGGUUUUCAUUUUCAACCAUUUUCUUAUAUUUUCUUUUUAGCUGUUUUAAAGUCUCACACCCACACCACCAUAUAGUUACACUUUAUGCUUUUUUCUCCAUUUAUUUUCACCCCCUUUUGCUUGAAGCUCAUACUAAAUGUGGAUCGAGAACGGCAAGUUGGGAUUUCUCUUUUUCUUUUUCCCUGUUAGCUCUUACAUAAGUCGACAGUUGCAUUUGGGUUUUAUUUUUUCUGUUCAGAUUUAAGUAAGUUCUCGUAAAGUCAAAUCUUCUGUCUUUUAGCAUGAAUAGGACACUGGAUUUGCUUGAAAAUUUUACUUACUCAACAUUACAUUUGUACAGGUUUUUGUUUAAAAAUUUUAUGCUGCCCCUUGGAAGUUAAGUUCUUGACUCGAUCUCCUUUUCUGAUCAGUUUUCUACAUCAUUCUAUGGACGAAUACAUACUUUGUAAGCUGGCCUAAGUUUUUAGAAAAACACUAGAGUUUUUACUUCUUAGUAGUGAAAGUCAACAAAUGGGUUAUUAUUUCUUGCUGUCAAUGGAAGGAUAAUCUUGGUUUUUUGACUUCUGGGAACCAUUGCCAUGAAACCCUUCUUCUUGCUACUUUAAACUCAAAAGUUGGCUUGUUUUAUACUUUUUUAGCCGACCUUCUGCUAUGUAAAUUGUUAAUUUAUUGUGCAAUUGUACGAAGAUGGAAGGAUUUGACUUAGCUUUUUUUUACUUUAAACAUUUUUUGUAUUACGUAUUAUUGCUGAUAUAACAGUAAUAUGUAUUUUAAACGUCAACUAGAUUAGAGAAAUAUAAUAAUCAUACAAUUCAAUAUUUGCAGCAAAGAAUUUGUUUGGCCUCCAAUGCCACCAUCAUUCAAAGAAGAUACUUCUGAUAGCUCUCUUAAAGAUACUCACCUCGUUCCAUUCACAGAACUUUCUGGAAGAUGAAGUGGAAGCUAUGUUUUUGUUUGUUUUUUUCCAUGAAAUGGUGUAAUGUAUUUUUGAUUUAUUUGUAGAUUGUAAAAGGAUCUCAUUAAUGUUUGUUUAUGGUAGAUAGUGUUUAAAUUUAACAGGUUAUGUUUAUGUAUGGGAGAAAUGCUUAUUUCUCUCGAAUGUUUUUGGAACGUAGACAGUGUUUAGAUUUAAUUGAUUGCUUUCUUUUUUUUCUUUUUUUUUUGUAGUAAUUAUUGAAACUCUCACCCUCUUGUCUAAAUGAUCAUGAAUUGUAACGUCACGUUGCUUCUUGUCACAUGGGGUGUGAUUCUCAGCUACUUUGUGGAAACCAAAGCUCUCAAAGUUGUUUAGAAGUAAUAUUUUGUGAUAAUUUUGACAGUUUUGGCAAAUUUUCUCUACCACCAACAAGAAAUUACUAACGGUAGUAUUUGCAUCUGAAGAUAGGGAUAGCUCUCUUAAUCUUAAAAUUAGCCAACUUAUUUCGAUCACAAAGCUUAUAGAAGAUGAUGAAGGUAAUGAAUUGUAUUUAUAUUAUUUUCAAGUCUUCACUUGAUUGACACCUCUUGGAUUUACUUUGGAACAAGUACUAGGUUACGUUAAUACACUUUCUUCUUCUCCUCUGUUGGGUAAUGGAGAUUACGUUGCUGGAUAAAUUUCAGAUUUUAGCUGAAAAACUUGAGCAGGUGGAGAAUCAGUUGGCUCACUCCCGCUUUGGGCCAUUGAUAGCUCCUUCUCAGAGGAAAAAGGAGGAGGACUCCCAACUUGCUAAGAUCACUCGCGACAAUGCAAAGAUAACAGGAGCAUGUUCAUGGUUUGAUGUCACAAGUGAGACUCACGUUGUGGUAGCCAUUUUGAAACUUUGUUAAUAGGUUAUUUGUUCAUAGGUGAAUUGUUCAUAUGAGGGGAUGAUAGGUGAAUUGUUUAUAAGAGUUGAAUUGUUCUGAAACUCAGAUGGAAUUGUAUAUUGGUUUUGUAAAUGAUAGGAAUAUUUGUAAAGUUUUGGAAAUGAUAUGGUGAAAGAUUUUAUAUUUGAUGAA